CGUGAAGCUCUUCAGCGUGUUUGGGUGCCAGUAGACCCCCUCCCCAAAAGCAGAAAUCAAGACACCAUGGCGACACCACGACUCGCAAGGACGCUCACCUGUCCCAAUUGCCUGGGCCGCCUGCCCCUCAGCCGGCCAGCAGUCCCGUCGUUUCCCUCCCCGCUGCAGUUGGGACUGACCCAGGUCCGCCAUGCCAGGACCCUGACCAAGGCCGAGCUGGAGGAUCUCCAGGGCAUACCCGUGCGGUUGCUGAAGAACGUCAUCGGGUUCGGCAAGCAAAAUGCCAUCAUCCGUGUCAAGCCCGGCCGUAUGCGAAACCAAUGGCACCACAAGGGCCUGGCCGAGUACAUGACCAAGAAGCGCUUCGAGGAGCUGGGCCUCACCGAGUCCGCCAUCGGCGUACGCGAUCGCGCCUUUGGCAAGCAGACGCUCGAUGACGAGACAUCCCAGAACAACAAGGACAGCAACGUCGUCGAGACCCCCACCACCAAGAAGAAGGACGUUGUCACCAUGGCGCCCGACGAGUCUCGCGCCCUACUCUCCGAUCUCCUGCCCGCGACGCUCAUCUUCGCACGAAAACCUAUCAACUCCGCAGACUCAGCCCAACCCGAGGUCUCUGCACCCGAGCCUUCCAUCCCUCGCUCCCCCUCCCUAGCAGCCAACGCCCAGACCUCUAUGCAGCAACAGCAACAAUCCUCAUCCCCCGGGAUGGAGCCAGCAGUCGACACGACCACCAUCUUCGGGUCCGUAUCGUCGCUGGACAUCCAGCAGCGGAUCCGAGAGGCGUUGCUGGCGGACCGAAACGGCAGUCGCGUGGCGCUCGAGGUGGACGGUAUCUCGAUCAAGGGCCUCGAGGCUGGCGAGGACCGCAUCAAGAGGCUGGGCGUCUACGAGGUCGAGAUCGUGACCGGCAAGGGCCUGGAGCCCGUGAGGAGGACCGUUGAGGUCGUUUCCGAGGCCGAGUUCGAUUAAAAGAACGGAGCGGAACGGAAGUGAACAGACAGGUCCACAAGGAACACGAAAUCUGCAUAGAAUUUGAGUUGUGUGGAGCUCAACCUCUCGAGGUCAUGCCAGAAGGGGCAGAAGGGGUGGGGGGCUGUAUGCGGUGUCCCCGCCAAAGUAUCGUGACACUCUCCGUGGGGGCGAGUAUAUGCAUGUAUUAUACGGUUCAAGGAAGAUAGUUGUACUAUAAAUGUACGAUAUUUCAAGCAA